AUGGGGAGAAAUCCUAUUUAUUGGGAUGAUUCAGAAAGCUUCAAACUAGAGAGAUUCGAGCAAAAAUCAGUCGAGUACACUGGCUAUCAGUUUGAAUAUAUUCCAUUUGGGACGGGCAAGAGGAUGUGCCCAGCCAUAACAUUUGGUCUAGUCAAUGUUGAGCUUCCCUUAGCUCAUUUGCUCUACCAUUUUGACUGGGGACUUCCUGAUGGAAUGAAGGUUGAUGAUCUAGACAUGGAUGAAAGUAUUGGAAUAACAGUAGGAAGGAAAAAUGACCUUUACCUGGUUGCCCCUGCAUAUUAUCCUUCCUGGAAUGAAUGA